AUGUCUAAACCAAAGGUUCUUGUUACCUCAGUCGACGGCUGGACUGGCCACAAAAUUACCGAACACCUCAUUUCAGAUCUCAAGGGUAAACUUGACAAAAUCUACGCGACUGCUGAGGCUGGAGCCGAAUCGGCUGUACCAAACCCGGCUGAAUUAGAGAAAGCAGGCGUGACUCUCUUUAAGCUCGACUCUUCGAAAAAAUCCGGCGAAAUGGUCAAUGCCUUCAAGAAUGCUGACAUCGUUGUUCUCAUUCCACCAACAAAAAAGGACAAGAUCCAUCGUUCUAAGAACAUGAUCGAAGCAUGCAAAGAGGCUGGUCUUAAAAAAAUCAUCUUGAUCUCGAUGGCAGCCGCCGAUCUUACCGACGAACAGAAACAACCUCAUCUUGCUGAAUUCAAAAAGAUAGAACUCGAAGCAAAUCAAGCUGGAUUCGAUCAUUUGCUUAUUAUGAGAGUUAACUUCUACUUCGAAAAUCUCCUCAUCUAUAAAAAACAAAUACUUGAUGGUAAACUCCCCCUCCCAAUUAAGGAUGGUAAAUUGGCUCCGAUUUCCAUCAAAGAUACCGCUGAAGCUGUUGGUGUCUUGGUCUCUAAUCCAGAUAAAUUUAAAGAAUAUAGUGGACAAUUGAUUACUCUCACCGGCAGUAAAGCUAUCAAUGGGCAAGAAAUUGCCGAAGACAUCAGUAAAUGUAUCAAGCAUGAGCUCAAAUUCGAAGAUAUAUCAAACGAAGACGCACAAAAAAUUCUAACUGAUUUCAAGAACCUCGACGAAAGUGAACACCACGUUCUCCUCGAAUACUAUGACUUGACUAAAGCUCAUCGCGCGGCGUUCGUUACUGCGCAUAUCUUUAAAAACUUAGUUGGUCACAAUCCUGCCUCACUCGGGGAAUUCUGCAAGAUUCACGAAGAACAUCUCAAAGCCUAA